ACACACACGACGGCAGUGGUUCUUAUGGGUGGCAGUGGAAGUGUUUAGUGAAAAAUGCUGGAAAAUCGGUGCAAUUAGUGAUGGCCGGCAGGGCCUAGGCGACCCAGAGGGCAGUAUGAUGUAGCUCGCUCGCGCGGCCUACGCCGUGACGGCGAAGUUUAGAAGGCAAAACCAUAAUAACAGCGCAGUGUGAGAGCAGCGAAGAACGGCAGGAAACGUAAACAAUCGGGGUGUUUUCGUUGAAAAUAGCAGACGAGACAAAACUCAAUCAACAAAAGAACUUCUCUCACCUAAGAACGGGUAUCGAAUCGAUCGUCAAUCAAAUCAGGCGCAAGUGACGAGAACCGACGGGCGUCGCCGUCGAAAUGGGUUUGGCCGGUGUCAGCAGUCCCCUGAGAGGCUUCGCGAGGGCGGUGGUGGUGGUGUAGGAAGGCCUCUGUUGGAAGCUGCAGGCCAGCGUGAGGGGACAAGCAUGAGUAGCGGGUCACAGACAGGGGAACAGGAACCGUCUCCAGCACCGUCGCCGGUCAGUCGUACCCGGUCGGGGUCGGAGGAAAGGCAAGAUGCGACCGACCGUCCGGCCGAUACCGGUCGCAAUGGGUCGGAAAAUGCCGACUCGGAAGGUGAACACGGGCUGGCCAUCGGGGGAGCGGACGCCGCCAGUGUCGAGCGCAGUGCGGACGGAACGCCCGUGUCCGAGACCGACUCGGAGGAUGAGGACGACGAUGAGGAGGAAGACGAAGAACCGCCAGAGCUCAGGGCGGCCACCGAGCAGCAGGACUUCCCUCCCACGCCCUACGAGGAAUGUUUGGAUAUGAAAAUGUUUGAAAUACAAACCGAGCCAAGCGGGACGACGGACAAGGCAGGCGAACCGAGCGGGCAGGAACAAUCCCCGGCCGCCACAGCCGACGUUCCGGAUGACGAAGGAACCAGUUUUGGCGAUAUCCAAGAAAUCGUCCCGUGCAAUCUGGAGGAAAAGGAGACGACCGAAACGCUCCCAGCAGAAAAAGACAAGCUGCACGUCUCCGAAUCCCCAAGCGAUGUGGGGGAACGCCAACUGUCCUCACCGUCCAACGAAGAUCCGGACAGUGCCACUUGUUUUGGUGUGCGACGGAAAAGUGAACUUCCGCCGGAUGGUGGUGGUACCGCGAGCCGCGUCGAACAACCGGUCGUGAAUGGCACGAAGAAGAAGGUACGCCCGAAUCGCCUGUCGCCGACGACCCCGGCUUCGCGAUCGUCCGGUUAUAGGGGACGCAAAAAUCACUUCUGGCUCGGUCCGGAAGCGGUGGACACGAAACAGCUAGCCGGCCCGGGUGAGCUCUGCUUCGGGGCGAAUGCGGAAAGCCCGACUAAGCUGCACCGGCCGCUUGAGCGCUCGUGGCCACCGAAGACGACCGGGGGGCAUCGGCAGCGGCAAAGGCAGCGGCAGGGUGCGGGCGAGUUUUCGUUCGACAUCAUCGAUACGGAUGAGCAGGAGCAGGUGGAAGGAGCGGUUGGGGGAAUGUACGAUUAUGAAUCUCAAGUCCCGAAUCUCGUACCGGGGGAGGUGGCCAACGAUGAGCAGGUGGAAGGUAGCUCUGACCAAAGACAACCCGGACGGUUGGAUAGCAAUGGUAAUGACGCGCCGGAGUCGGGAAAUGAUGGAACGAUGCCUUCCGCAGGUAGCGCAACACCCGCCAUAUCGAAAAUGCCCUUGCGGAAGGCGGUAAAAAAUGUCAUUUCUUCGGAGGGUGGUGGCCUGGAGCUGCCGGGGCUCGAAGCGAUCGGUGGCGAUGCGUCGCUUGAUCUCGAUCCGGCCGGGGAUCUUCCGGCACCUUCGGUGCGCCCGCACCGCCCCUUGACAAGGACACUCUCGAACGGGCGUUCGUCGGACUACGGUUGCACUGCCCGGCCCCUGAUCGUCGACUACAACUCAACCCUGCAGUUGCUGGCCGGUGCUGGAGAACCUGAUCCCAACUCGAAUCUCACUCCCUCUGCCACUACCGGUGGUUCUUUCCGCGAGCAAUCGCCAGCUGGCGCGAGUCGGCCCCAGCCACGUCCACUAACACGCGUCGGUGGUCCGCGUAUGGCGGCACUGGAUUUGCUCGUAUGUCCACCCACCCCGACGCAUCACGCACGAAGGCUGCGGGCGGCGGCGGCGGCAGCGUCGGCCAGUGGAGCGACGGCCACGACGUUGUUGGACGAAUUUGGCCCGCCGGAACUCCGCACCAACCGGAUGCCGGAUCAAAUGCUUGCCGCCUCGCUAGUGAUUGCCCAUCCGCCAGCGUCCGAGGACGGGCCGGACGAAUCCGGGGCGUCACGGUCGGCCGACUCGGUGGUCCGGCAUGUCCCCAGCAUUCGGUUGCCGUCGAUUCCGGAGCGGGCGCGCGCCAUCCUUGCCGAACAGGACGUCGAACCGUUGCCGCCGGCUUGGGAAGCUCGAAUGGAUAGCCACGGGCGGAUCUUCUACAUCGACCACGCGACCCGCACCACCUCCUGGCAGCGGCCCGGGCCGGGCCACGCGUCCACAUCCGCCACCGCCCUGCCGCACGGAUCCGAUCCGCACCGGCAGCAGCUCGAUCGCCGCUACCAGUCCAUCCGGCGCACGAUCUACGAACACAUGCAGCGCCACGAUGGCAAUGGCGUGCCCUCGAACCCACGCCCUCGCACCAGCUCCACCAGUGGCCGAUCCAACUCCAUCGGAACGGCCUCUGGUUCUUCCUCCUCGGGCGCGUUCCACCCGGCUCUGCUUAUGAUCUGCCGGUCCGACUUCUACUCGAUGCUGCACACGAACGGCGAGGCCAUCGCCAUCUACAACCGGAACGCCGCCCUCAAGCACAUGGUGUCGCGGGUGCGGCGUGAUCCGGGCUGCUUCGGGCGCUACCAGCACAACCGCGACCUGGUGGCGCUCGUCAACUGCUUCGCGGCCACCGGCGCCGACCUGCCCACCGGCUGGGAAACGAAGCUCGACCAAAGCGGCAAGCAGUUCUUCAUCGACCACGUCAACCGGAAGACGUCGUUCAUGGACCCGCGCCUACCGACGGAGGGUCCGCGCGGGCGCCACCAUCAGGCCGCGGCCCCCGCCGUCCUCGUGGCGGGAGCGUUCGUCGACGAUCGACCCGUGCCGCCACCGCGUCCACCCACCACCAUCUCCCGGUUGGCCAACAUCGGUUCGCCGGAAAUUCCGGUCGCCUACAACGACAAGGUCGUAGCGUUUCUGCGCCAGCCCAACAUACUGGAGAUCCUACGAGAACGGCACGGUUCGGCGGCCUGUUCACGCAAUCUGCGCGAGAAAAUCAACGCCAUCCGGGUCGAGGGCACGACCGCCCUCGAUCGCUAUAGCCACGAUCUCGAGCUGACGAUACUGCUGAGCCUGUUCGAGGAUGAAGUGAUGACCUACGUGCCACCGCGCGCCCGUAGCCCCCCGGACCAGAGUUCGCCGAGCCUCGGCGGUGUUGGAGGUGGUGUUGGUGGUGGCGGUGGCGGUGGCCGACACGUCCAGCGCGCACCGCCGCUCGUGCGUCGCGACUUCGAGGCCAAGCUGCGCACCUUCUACCGGAAGCUCGAGGCAAAAGGCUUCGGUCAGGGCCCGCACAAGCUCAAGGUACAGGUCCGCCGAGCGCAUCUGGUGAACGACGCAUUCGAGCGCAUCAUGGCGGCGAGUCGGCGCGACCUUCAGCGCGGCCGCCUAAACGUCGUUUGGGACACCGAGGAGGGUCUCGACUAUGGUGGGCCUUCGCGCGAGUUUUUCUACCUUCUGUCGCGCCAGCUGUUCAACCCCUACCGAAACAUGUACGAGUACUCGGCGAAUGACAUCUACACCGUGCAGAUCGCCCCGGCCAAGGACAACGAGGACAAAUUGCCUUGGUACCGGUUCAGUGGGCGUGUGCUGGGCUUGGCCCUGAUCCACCAUUGCCUGCUGGAUGCGUUCUUUACGCGGCCGUUCUACAAAGCCCUGCUACGUCUGCCGGUGUCGCUCAGCGAUCUGGAGUCGCUGGAUAGCUCCUUCCACCAGUCGCUGCUGUGGAUCCGCGACAACGAUAUGGGCAACGGCAGCGAGCUCGGGCUGCACUUCAUCGUGACCGAGGAGCGCCCGGACGGGACGUCCCUCGACAUCGAGCUGAAGCCAAACGGGCGCUCAAUCCCGGUGACGGAGCGCAACAAGCGCGACUACCUCGAGCGCAUCAUCAAGUGGCGGCUGGAGCGCGGCGUCCUCGAGCAGACCGAGUGGCUGCUGCGCGGCUUCUACGAGGUGGUCGACCACCGGCUGGUGUCGAUGUUCGAUGCGAGCGAGCUGGAGCUGGUCAUCUCCGGCACAGUCGAGAUCGACGUCGCCGACUGGCGCAACAACACCGAGUACCGUGGCGGCUACCACGACACGCACGUCGUCAUCGUCUGGUUCUGGGACGUGAUCGAGCGCUUCAGCAACGAGCAGCGGCUGCGUCUGCUCCAGUUCGUCACCGGCACCUCGUCGAUUCCGCACGACGGCUUUGCCGGGCUGCGCGGCUCCAACGGCCUGCGCCGAUUCUGCAUCGAGAAGUGGGGCAAACCGAACGCGCUGCCCCGCGCCCACACCUGCUUCAACCGGCUCGAUCUGCCGCUCUACCCGACCCCGGACGUUCUGUACGAGAAGCUGGUGCUCGCCGUCGAGGAGACGAACACGUUCGGCAUCGAGUAGGAGCUCGCUAGUUGCUUGACUGUUGCUUGCUUCGGCGUCGGAAAGGCCAGUGCGGACCAAAACUUUAAUUUAACGCCACCAGGAACUAUAACUUUAAGUUAGACCUUAAGAGACCUCUUCUGUUCCUACAGUAGUCGAAACAGCCCGUCGGUGUUUUGCUUCUAACGCGCGCGCAAGCUCUGGAAAGUUUUACGUUGGCCGGGGGUGAGAGCAAAUACAUGCAUACACGGUGGUAAUAUUCGGACUUAACAAGGCAAAGUGUCAGCACACAUGUACAGUCUUUGGUAGAGAUACUGUUUUCGGUAAUGAUGUUACUUAUUUAUUCAAUUUAAAUUUCAUAUACCAAUCGAGCGAUCAUUAAGAUGGCUAUUGGAAGUUCCAUAUGUUCAUUAUCAAGUUGGAUAAAUUUUAAAAGAAACGCAAAAAUAAGGCAAUUGUAAACAUUGUCAACCUUGGUGUAGAAGC